AUUUUCUCUAUAUCAAAGCCAUUCAAAGCUCUAUAACGUAAAUCAUUUGAUUAUUUUACACAAUGCUGAUCAAGUAAUUAUUCCAAAACGUUUAAGAAGUUUCAGAAAUAGGAUUACAAAUAUUGAAGAUUACUUCACAAUAACAACAAAAUGUUUCGCCUUUCUAGGAUUUAUAGCGCAACACGCCAACUCAUUGCAGUUCCAUGCUCAGAGGUUCAUACUACAGCCAUUAGAUGUGAUACCCAGAAAUCUGAGAAAACUAUUAAUCAAGUCACUCUUCUUGGAAGGGUAGGCGCAGAUCCACAGAAAAGAGGGACAGAGGAGCGCCCAGUUGUGAAUUUUCCACUUGCCACUCAUUUCAAUUACAAAUAUGAAUCCGGUGACAUGUUGCAUAGAACAGACUGGCACAGAGUGAGCGUGUUUAAGCCUGGUCUAAGGGAUACUGUCUAUAAGUAUCUUAAGAAGGGACAAAGAGUUUACGUUACAGGAAAGUUAUCCUACGGAGAGAUUAAAACUGAGGAUGGACAUGUCCGAACAGCUUCAACAGUCAUUGCUGAUGACAUUAUCUUCUUCCAAAGUCAGGUUGCUGAAGCGGAAUCAUAGAUUCUGACGAAAGUUCCCUAUAUUAAUUAAGUAUAAUGUAGUGAUACCACUUAUUUCAAUAAAUGUCAUACUUUUA